AUGACGUUCAAUGAUACCAAUCCUACAGCCCGUCGGCAAGAGUGCAGCGCUCAGUCGCCGGGUGCAACAUUUGGAAAUGAGGAAGCAAAGACGUCGGAAAGAAAUGAUCGCGGUGUCCCACAGAGUUCUAAAAGUGCUGACAACAGAAUUGGAAAUUCGCUGGUCUCUGGUUUCCUGAAAUUUCGACAAUUGAUUUCGACUGAAGCGCAACCAAAGCUUGAGAAAGCCCAUGCGGACCCAAAGGCGGCUUUUGAGGGUCGCCGACACACACUUCAGCCCGUACACGUCAUUGACAAAAUCAAGCCUCAGCCGCGGAUGAACGCCCAGCAAGCUUUGCACAGAGAAAAAAAUGAACGAAGGGAAUCUAAAGGAGUCACUGCCAUCUUCCAGCGACAGAAGACAGAGAUUAUGGACUUGCGUGAAAACCUUUCAAAAACCCAAAGCGAAUUGGCCGCCUGCAAAAACGAUCUCCUGUGUCUGCAGCCUUUAGCUCAAGUGCCAGAUUCGGUGAUUGAGGGGGAGUUCGACUCUCUCUGUCACUCUGUAACCGAGUGGGCGAAUGAUGAGAUAGACACUUUUGAGACGGCAAAUCCGGGCCUUAGUCUGACUGAGCUAUUUGCCAUUGAUCGGAAGAGUCAUCUAGGAAUUUUACUACAUGAGCAUCCUAGGGCUUCAGAGUAUGUCAUCAGGUGCUCGCUCCACACUAGAUUGAGAGAUUUCGUUUUUGCUCAGGAAAAUUACAUGCUCGGUCUCUCAGGCAUCGUGAGACAUGCCUUAAUCGCAGCAGAGAAUUCAAUGUCAGAGCUUGAACCUCGAAAGAACAAGUCCGUGAUAGCUAAUUGGCGUUCUGAAACAUUGAGCGCUCUCUUAGCCACUGAGACAUACAAGACGGCCUUCAACCAGCGCAUUCAGUAUAUCACCAGAGAGAUAUUUCAUGACUUACAAUUGGUGUUGCCAGCGCUAUUUGAUGCUGAGGAAGCGAAGGUUCGGCUUUAUUUUAAAGUUAUGCAAGCCGCAAGCAGUCUUGCAAAGAAGGUACAGACUUCGUCAAGUCGCUUCGAUUUCGAUCACAAGGAAGGUAUGUUCGAACCUCGAGAAGUUUGGUACCCAGCAACGGUAACACAGAUCUCGCGCAUCACGAUGGUCGACUUGUCAACGAGCAAAGUUAUCAAAUCCGAGCGUCAGGUGGUGGGAGAUGCAGAAGGAAACAUUGGAGACUUCAUCUUUCAGUUUGAGCCAGCAAUUGACCGUAUCAGUCCAAGCGGAGAAAUAAUCCCAAUACGGAAAGCGGCAUGGUUGAUCGAUCUUUACCAACCAUUGGUAAAGCGACAACGAAUGAAAUGA